AGGACAUGCCCCUGGGGCCUGAAGGGGCUUUGUACGGCAACCGAAGCAGUUGCGAGUUCAACGGCAAGUUUCGAAGAUGCCGCCCAAAGGAAAAAGUGGUUCUGGAAAAGUAGGGAAAGGAGGAGCAGCCUCUGGGAGUGACAGUUCUGACAAGAAGGCUCAGGGUCCCAAAGGUGGUGGCAAUGCAGUAAAGGUCAGACACAUUCUGUGUGAAAAACAAGGAAGAAUCAUGGAAGCCAUGGAAAAGUUAAAGUCUGGAAUGAGAUUCAAUGAAGUGGCUGCACAAUAUAGUGAAGAUAAAGCCAGGCAAGGGGGCGACUUGGGUUGGAUGACCAGAGGGUCUAUGGUGGGACCAUUUCAAGAAGCAGCAUUUGCCUUGCCUAUCAGUGGGCUGGAUAAGCCUGUGUUUACAGACCCUCCAGUAAAGACAAAAUUUGGAUAUCAUAUUAUUAUGGUUGAAGGGAGAAAAUAAAAUUGUAUGAAAGACUGAAUAUGUUUUAUACAUUCUGCUUAUUUCUUUAAAAGUUAUUGAAUAAUUCUUGUAUUUUA